AUGGUAGAAAAAAUAUUAAUCAUUCUUUUUUUUAAAAAGAUAUAUUGUCCAAACUCAUUUAUUAAUUCACAAAGAGGGGCAAAAGAUGGUGGUUGUGAAGAAACUAUUACAAUUGAUUCAAUAGAGACCCAUUUAAAUAUUUGUUUAUUUACAGAAAUCAAUUGUGUCAAUAGUUCGAAUUGUGGUAAAUUUAGAAGAGGUGAAAUGGGGACACAUAUCGAACAAUGCCAAUAUGAAAUAAAAAAAUGUGAAUGUAAUCAUUCUUUUAUAGGAAAAGAUAUGGAAGAACAUAAAGCAAAAAUUUGCCCAGAAACCUUAAUCGAGUGUGAAUAUUGCAAUAUGAAAUUUAAAAGAAUUGAUUUAGGGGACCAUAUUGAUGAAGAUUGUCCAAAAAAAGAAAUUAGUUGCCCAUAUUCAAAGUACUCGUGUGAAUUUAAAACAAAUAGAGGAGAAAUGCAAAACCAUUUAGAUCAUUAUGAUCAUUUGGUAUUGGUUAAGAAUAGAUGCGAUUAUUUAGAAAUUUUCCUUAAAGGUUUAGAAUCUACCAUUUUGACCAUAAAUCAACAUUCAGAAAGUAAUUUAAAUAUUUUCAAGAAUCAAAUUAAAGAUAUUAAUGAACAAAAUAAAUACUCAUCAAAAUGGAUUAUCCAUAAUUGGAGUGACAAGGUUAAAAAGUAUCAAAAAGGUCAAUGUUUAACUUCGCCAGUUUUCACUAUAUCUCAAACAAAGAAAUUCAACAUAAGAGUUUACCCAAACGGUGAAAAGGAAAACAAAUUAACAAUUUCUUUGUGCAAGCAAUUUGAUUCAAAAUGUAAAGUCAACUACCGCUUUGAAGUUAUAAAUUUUGAUUUUUCACAAUCAAUUUUUCAAGAGAAAACUUUUACAUUUGCUAUAGGAACAAAUGUCUAUAAUAGUAAUAUUAUUUAUGAAGAUUGGAAUAACACAAAAGGUUUUCUUAUCGACAAUACCCUCACCAUUGGUUUUAAUAUUAAAAUUGAAAAGCUUUAUGGGGACUAUAUGACAACUGCUUAG